AUGGCAGCUGCCCGCCUGUCUGCACCAGGUUCAACGGGCAACAGCGUGGCAUUUGAUGACUACAGUCUCUACAGUAACCUGUCUGACGAUGAGCUCAUGCAGCUGGCCAUCGAGCGCAGUCUUGCCGAGGCCCACUCUUCUUCAUCUGACAGCACAAAGACCAUCAGCAUGCAAAAUAAGCCAGGUACAUCUGUCAGAGGCCCGACCACCUCAUCUCGGCCCCCUCAGCAGCAGCCUGCCCCAGCUGCUUGCCCUGCAAAUCCACCAAGAAACAUGACAGACAUAUGUUCUGUGAGUCACUUUACCACCGGUUAUGGCAAGCGGAUGGUGGCCUACCGUAGUUAUGAUGGUAGCCUGCAAGUUGAGCCAGAACCUGAGGAAGUGGUUGAGCCCAUUGUGAAAGCCAUCUGGAAUGGUGAUGUGGAAACAAUGAAGGAACUGAUGAAAAGACAUGAUGUUGACAUUCUUAAGGCUAAUAAAUUUGGCUGGAUUCCUGUUCAUGAGGCUGCGUGCCAUGGUCAAGAAGCUUGUCUUAAAAUUCUGCUUCGCGUUCAACCAGGGAUGAUCAAUAAGCGAACCCUGAAAAAUUACACACCCCUUCUACUGGCUGUUUCAAGGGAACAUGUAGCUUGUGUAAGCUGUCUUUUGGAAAGAGGUGCAGAUCCUGACAUUGCAAAUAAAGACAAAGAAACUCCACUGUACAAAGCUUGUGAAAGGGAGAAUCCAGAAAUUGUUGCCCACCUCCUGAAUUAUGGUGCUGCAGUGAACAAGAGUUGUAUCCAAGGUUGGACUGCCUUGCACGAGGCUGUUUGUCGUAACCACUUGGAAAUCUGUGAGAUGCUGAUCAAAGCUGGAGCCAAAGUCAACACACCCAAUAUGUAUGGCAUCACACCUAUUUUUGUGGCAUCUCAAAGUGGACGACUAGAAGCACUUCGCUUCCUUGUGAAAAACGGGGCGGAUGUUAACAGCCAAGCUUCCGAUGGAGCAACAGCACUUUAUGAAGCCAGCAAGAAUGGUCACGAUGAGAUAGUGCAGUUUCUUCUGUCUCAAAAUGCAGAUGCCAACAAACCUGGCAAGACUGGACUCCUGCCCAUUCAUAUUGCUGCCCAGCGUGGAAAUGACGGAACAGACCUCCUCCGUUUUGGCUCUACCAGCGGUAAUGACAAGGCGGUUAAUAUUGUGUCCAUGCUGAUACCUGCCACCAGCAAGGCUAGAGUCAGACGCAGUGGGAUAAGUCCACUCCAUUUGGCAGCAGAACGAAACAGAGACGAAAUUUUGGAGAUUCUAAUUGAAGCUGGCUUUGAUGUCAACGCCAUGCUGUCUGAAGGUCACUCCAAGAUGUAUGAGGACCGCCGCAGCACAGCACUGUAUUUCAGUGUCAUUAACAACAACAUCGAGGCCACCCAAAUGCUCCUUGAAGCCGGUGCCAACCCCAACCUGGACACCUUCAAUCCACUGCUGGUGGCUGUGAGACAGGGCUGUUUCAGGACAAUCAGUUUGCUCAUAGAGCACGGUGCCAACGUGAAUGCUUAUAUCCCCACUCAUCCAACUUCUUUCCCGGCUGCAGUCAUGUUCUGCAUGAAGUACCUCUCCCUGCUCAAGUAUCUGAUGGACAAUGGCUGUGAUGCCUUAUCUUGUUUCAACUGUUUCUACGGCAACAAUCCUCAUCCACCACUGAAGACCACACGCACCAGGCAUGUCUAUGACGAUCGAAACGACAACGCCCCAAGGACCUGUGUGCAGUUUUGUGAGGUGAUCUCUACAGAGAAAUAUAGCCGCUGGGCUGGACCUAUCAUUGACGUGAUAUUGGACUAUGUGGGGAAUGUGCAACUCUGUUCCAGACUCAUGGAACAUCUGGACAGUUAUGAUGACUGGGCGAACAUCAAGGAGAAAGCAACACCUCCACGCCCCCUGUUACAGCUUUGCAGACUUAGGAUCCGUAGUCUGAUUGGGACGCAUAGACUGAGGAGCAUCAACAAAUUACCCAUCCCUGGAAGACUUAUUAAAUUUCUUAAUUAUCAGGAGCGUAUUCAAGAAUUCUGA